UGUAAGCCUGCAGACUAGCGCGCCGUCCCUCCAGCAACGGCCUGUGUGCAUAGCUCGCAUGCUUCGCUCGCUCCGGGUGCCCGGUGCCCGCCUCCUCGCGGCCAGCAGCCUGCGCCGAGAGGUGCACGUCGGAGCUGAGGCGUCGGUGACGCGGGCGUUCAGCGCGGAAGAGGUGAAGCAUUUCGUGCUGCUCACCGGCGACGCGAACCCUAUUCACGCCAGCGACGUAGCAGCCAAGACUGCAGGCUUUUCUGCGCCCGUCCUCCCCGGCAUCCUGGUUGCGUCGCUCUUCCCGGCCAUCAUCGGCUCGCAGUUCCCUGGCACUGUUUACGUGUCGCAAACGCUGCGCUUCCGCUCCCCUGCGCUGUUCUCUACCCCCUGAGGCCCUAGCCGACCUCCUCCGCCUAA